UUCGUCCUACGCUCCUUGUUCUUCAUCCACCUCAUCCUCAUCGACCAUGGGUUCUGCGCAAAGUGUCGUCUCCGCUGCCGCCGCGCUCGCCAUUGCGGGCGCCAUCGCGUACGGCUUCGUCCAGCCAGGGGACCCCUCAGCGUCCGUCACGUCCUCAGGCACACAACCCGCUGCCUCGUCCGCGCCCGCUACCAAGAAGAAGCAGAAGAAGAAGGCCAGCGCCGUCGCGAGCGCGGCAGAGGACGCAUACGUGGAGCCCCACGUCGUGUCAUUCCCGUCCGUCGUCCCCGGGGGCUUUGACGCGCCCUCUGCGCCCUCCGCGCCUGAGCCCGAGGGGCAGUCUGGCGCGGCACCCAAGUCGAAGAAGAAGAAGAAGGCCAAGAAGGCGAGCUCACCUGUGCCCCAGGACGCGCAGUCCGAGUCAUCUGCUACCGCCCCCGAGUCCUCGGCUGCCCGUAAGCCGCGAAAGAGCGCGAGCGCGACGCCGAAGCCCGCUGGCGACGACCAGGGCUGGACGCGGGUCGAGACGAAGAAGAAGGCGGUCCAGCCUGCACCAGCGGGGACGAGCACGUCGGAGCGGCCACCAGACAUCUCGACCAGUGACGCAGGGAUCACGACCUCCGUCACCGGCACCUCCUCGCCCGUGACGGAGCGCACGGAGGACGAGGCACACGUACAGCCCGCAGACCCGAGCACCUCCGGCAACAGGCGCACGCUGGCGGAGAAGCUGCUGCCGAAACCACGGAAGACUGGGGUGGAAGAUCUCUUGGAGGAGCCAGACUACCCCCAGGUGGCGCGCGUCAUGAGGAUCCAGCCUCGGGCCGACGAGCAGCCCGCCGCCGGGUUCUCGUGGGGCGACUACGAAGACGUGGAGGGGGCACGGGGGACCGCCGACGAUGCCGACGGCGAGGACGACGGGUGGGGCGUCGUAAGAACGCGCCGUUCACGACCCAAGCAGCCUGCAACCUCGUCGGGGUCCGCGCCGGCGCCUGCAUCGCAGAGCGGAUCGGAGACGCUCACGAAGAAGCAGCGCCAACACGCGGCGAAGCGCGAAGCAGAGAAGGCCGCGAAGGCGGAGGGCGAAGCGGCGCGGCUAGCCCUGCUCGCGCAGCACAAGCGCGAGCUCGAGCGCACGCGUAUGGCGGAGCAGGCGAAGGCGUCCAAGAAGCAGCCGAGCGGCGGCAUGUCCGCGUACGUGGACGAGAACGGCAAGCUCGUCUGGCAAUGAGCGAUGAGGGGGUGCGCGUGGGGUUGUUGCUUGUGGGGAGGAACGCGCGCUCUCGCUGCGCUGCGCGUGGCACGCCAAAAUGCGCUGAUAUACAUAUACCGUGCCGUUCGUUGAUCGGUGGACUUCUUCCGCGUCGCGUUAUUCUUAUGGGACUUGCUGGUGUUCGUGCUUCUCGCGGAAGAAGUGGUUUGGCCAUGGCUGUAUCUAGUACGCCGAGUUUGCUGGGCGCCGACGUAUGUGGCCCGACGCCUGUACAUAGCUAGUAUUUCUACGGUCCUCAUUAAUGUUCAAGCACCCAGCUAGUAAGGG